AUGGCUUCUUCAGCGGCACCAACAGAUCUUUGCGCCUUACCAGCGGGAGUCUCACCAGAUGGCGUAUACAAUUUCAUCAGCCCGCCAUCGCUCUUCCCAGCUCUUCUGGUCAUCAGUGUAGUUUUGGGUGCCUUCUCGACGAUCUUUGUGUUGGGGCGCCUUUGCGUCAAUCGGAAAAAGUUAAGGAUCGCAGAUUAUAUGACAUUUAUUGGUUGUUUAAUCAAUAUUACGUAUACGGGCCUUGUACUUGCUCGGCCAGAUUCCUACCGCCAUAUAUGGGACACUCCGGUCUGUGAUUUCAACGGCGAGUCGCUCAAGAUCCUGUUUGUCCAGACCAUGUUCUUCGGCCCGGUAUUCUUCUUCACCAAGGCUGCCAUCCUGCUCUUGUACAGCCAGCUCUUCGCGAUAGAGAUGCGCUUCAAGCUCGCUAUAAACCUUAGUAUCCUCGUCACGCUGCUCCUGUAUCUGUCAGAGUUCCCGCUGGCAGCCAUCUACGCAGCUCCGAGGCCAGGCCACUCAUGGAAUUCGUUGCUGGAAAACUUGAAGGCCAAUGCACCGCGGCUUGCCCUCGGUGGAGCUGUGCAGAGUGCUAUUUCAACCGCGCUGGAUAUUUAUAUCUUCAUUCUGCCUCUGCCGAUUCUCCUGAAGCUCCAAAUGAUGCCUAGACAACGCUUGCAACUUCUCGGCAUCUUUUCUACGGCUCUUCUCGGAGUUGGCGCUAGCAUAGCGUCACUUAUCAUCAAGAUCAGACUGAUGUCGUCGGCGGACUCUAGUUGGCUAGGUGCUCAAGCCACCAUGUGCACAAUCAUCGAAACUAAUAUAGCGCUUAUCGUUGGUUGUAUGCCCUCCUUUGCCCAAUUCGUGACCGUCUACGUGCGCGGCUCUACGUUCAUAAAGUCUCUACGGUCCCGGCUGCUGAGCGGAAGUGGCCGCACGCGCAACGCCUCGGCGCCCUCGAAGGACGUGAUCACCUUCGGCUCAAACCAGCCGCCCAGACGGAAUAACUACUACGAGCUGACGGAUACUAUGUUGCUCGAGACGCAGACGACGAUACGGGAUGACACGUCAGAAAUGGACCACCACUCCAAAUCGAGCAGUACUCAGAGUCGGGUAGAGCAAGCUGUAUGAUACAACAUUGAACUAGCUAAAAACAGUACGUCCUGAAUAAAUAAGCACGAAAGUGAACGGACAAAACUUCCUUUUCGAUUGAUGCAGGGAACUCCUUGGAGCUAUCUCAUCUCAUUCGAGGCUCGUGUAAGAAAACGGGGAAUCCUGCAAUCUACUCCAAUCCCGGCGCUUUGGGAUCCACAACCGGUUGUACCCGACUAUCUGCCUGCAUCUAUAAAAAGAAGCAUGGCGCCGUGGAAGAUCUGGUACGAAAAGGGUCU